UCAGCGACACAUUUAACCUCUCUUUAUUAUAACAUAUAUUUCGUUUUAACAGUAAUUGUACAUAAAACAUACUAUUUACAAGUCAGUUAAUAAGUUAUAAGUGAAAUAUAUCCGGUUGUGUGAUAUUUUUUCAGUACAUUAAGUGGAUUUUUUAUUAUAUGAUUUUGUAUGUUCAAAUAUUUGGAAAAUGCUUUCAACAAACAAUGUUACCGAUAUUGAUAACGAUAUUAAUCACCAGCAACCUCCAUUACCCCGUGCAGUUUGUAUAUUACUGGCUACAGCUCUCAUAAUUGCGGUUAUCAUUGGUACAUUCGGCAACAUAACUGUUCUUGGAUUAAUUUUCAGAUACAAGAGUCUCAGAACAGCAUCCAAUUUAUUUGUGGUAAACCUUUCGAUCGCUGAUUUAUUAAUGUGUAUAAUAUGUCUCCCAAUGCUUAUCAGUGAUUACAUACACGGACCAGCAGACAACGAUAUCGAAAGAGUGUCUUACAGAUACAAGAGUCUCAGAACAGCAUCCAAUUUAUUUGUGGUAAACCUUUCGAUCGCUGAUUUAUUAAUGUGUAUAAUAUGUCUCCCAAUGCUUAUCAGUGAUUACAUACACGGACCAGCAGACAACGAUAUCGAAAGAGUGUUUUGCGCGAUCAAUAUGUUUCUUGGAGCGUUCACGGGAUUUCUGUCAAUAUGGUCACUUGUGUGUUUAGCCUUUGAUCGAUGUUUAGUGAUAUCAAGGACAGUACCAGUCCGAUACCCGUCCGAUAAGACUAAAGCGUUUUAUAUCAUCAUCGCCAUAUGGUUAUUUUGUGCCACUGCGGCGUCUUUCCCUGUAACCGGCAUCGUUCAUUACGCAUUAGAUGGACGAACAAUUUCUUGUGAAAAAGGAUAUAUAUUUACAAAGUCUGCAUCAAAUAUUGCUUUCAAUAUCUCGUUGCAAGUUUGUUUCUUCGCAAUUCCUAUCACUUGUAUCAUAAGUUGUUACUUGGUGAUAUUUAUGAAAGUUCGAAAUCAUGAAAAAAUCUAUUUUUCUGUACGAAAAAGUAGAGCUGAUGAUGAAGUGUUGUUUAGGCGGAUGCGCAAUAAAAAAAACCUUGAACAGAACGAAAUGAAAACGGCCAGGGCGGGUAUGAUUCUUAUAUCUGUGUUUUGUAUUUCCUGGGCACCUUUCAGUAUUGUGUCGUGGAUAGGUUUGUUUGGUAACAGAGCGCUGCUGACCCCAAUGGUUAUUUCUUUACCGGCGAUCUUUGCUAAAAUAUUAACAAUAGCCAAUCCACUGUUGUAUGCGUUGUUGCUGCCAAGUUUUAAAUCAAAAUUAGUGAUAUUUUGUAAGAAGUGUUUUCUACCGAAAUCAUCGAAAUUUGGAUCAGUACAGAGAAACAUUUCAAAAGCUAAUUGUCGAGAAAGUUGUGGAAACAACCGGUCCAGUUCCAUACCUAAUAUCACAAAGACAUAGACUAUUUGAUUUGUUCAUGAUUGCGAGAAGACAUGAAAAGAAAUUAAAAACUUUCUGUCAAUCAUUCAUAAUGAUUGUGUUCCACGGCUUACCAGAGUCAUUUUGUCAAUUAUUCCUCAUACAAAAAUGUGACCUACUUUGUAUUAAGGACAUUUGCUGUCCUAGUAUUCAACAUGAUCGUGGUCUAACAAGAGUUCAAACACAGCCUUCCUGACACCUUAAUUACUUGCUCAGAUAUUUUUUACUUAUCAUAUGUAAGUUAAUAUUUUAUUAACUACGGUAGGUCUACAAAAGUUAUUCAAUUGGUCAAAUAUUGCUGUGAUAAAAAGAUGUAAAAGUCAGCCCCUAAAAAAAUCUAAAGUAAUGAUUUUAAAGAACGGUGGCACAUUAGAGAAAAGCGAAGUAAUUGAUACGCAUGUAUAAAUGUUGUAAGCAAUCUCAGUUAAGUAGAAGUAGCAUUAACUUAAACAGAAUGGCUGGUGAACAAACGUCUAAAGCAAAGCGAUUGCUAAUCGCAAUACUUUCAUAGAUGUACGACUACAUACAGUUCCCUCAAUAGAAGUAUUUUGAAAACAUUUAAACACAAAAGUGUGUCCAUUUUCUUUAAGGAUCAGAAAUAUGGAGUAAACACAAGUUAAUACAAUCAGAGUUAGUGCAUAAAGAUGUUGUGUGAAAGACAAGAAAAAUUAAUGCAGGUGUCCUUGGUGACUUUGGGAGAUUCCAUAUGUUAAUACAUGCUGCUAAAAGAGCUGCAAGAUAUUGGUGUACAGAACUCGAAAUGGACGAGCAUCGACUAGCAAAAAAAUAUUAUCUCAUGCAGUUGUGGCAAGGAAAAUUUAGGAAACAGUAUUUACAAGAAUUGUCAGCAAAGAUAAAUGAUAGUUCAAAUUUAUAUGCGUAUAGACAGUAAAUAAACAAGAACAUUUCUUAUUAGUUGUAAUAAUAAGAAAUGAAAAUUAAAAAAUGCUCUUGCAUAAGUUCGGUUAAGAAAACAAAACAAAAAAAUUAUGUAAAUUAAAAGUUCGGUUAAGAAAACAAAAAAAAAAUAAUUAUGUAAAUUAUGUCGCAAUGCAAUUGGAAAUGAAUUUCGUUUUGUUUUAGUUCGUAAAAGUUUGUAUUUGCUAACAGAAAUAUUUAUUCACAAUACAUUCUAUAAUAAUCCUUGUAUAUAUAAAUUUAUUAUAAUAAUGUGCUGGCGUUCGGAAACUGCUAAAACAAACCUAGUUAUGUAUACAUAUACAUUCCAAAGAAAGAAACAAGGAGUUACAUAAUACAGAUACUAACAGAAAUUGCUAUUAAUAAAAAUUUGAGAAUAUUCAUAUUAUAUUUUUGAUAUUACAUUUAAGGAAUCGAUUUGUAUACUAUUCUACAGAUACUUACAAUUUGAAAUUGUUAAUGUUAUAUAUUAGAGAAUAUUCAAUACUAUAUCUAAGGAAUAGAUUUGAAUACUGUAAAAAGAUACUGAAAACUGGAAAUGUUUGAGAAUAUGUUUAUUACAUCACUGAUAUUACAUUUAAGUACAAACGUUUGGAACGUCUCAACGCACUUGCAAUUCGUUCUUUUGAGUUACUGUACGCUAGUUUUUUAUUUUUCAAUUUACCGAUUUAAGAGAAAAAAAAGAAAAAAAAAAUGCAUUGUCGAUGGCAGAAAGAUAUUUCAGUUUAUCCCGAUUCAGAAAAAUUUUGUGCGUACAUGGUACUUACCAAAGAAAUGAAAAUGAAUUACAUCGCCGAUUGUCUAAAUUCCUCAGUAAUAAAUUCAUAAAAACACUUGCUCCAUGUGUGAAAAUAAAAUUGCAUAAAUAUAAUGAGGUCACUGUUAAAUCACACCCAUUAAGUUUACACACAAGAUGACCUCUAAGAGGUAACUAGCGGUCUCUUCAAAAGAAUCUUUGAUGUUUACAAACCUGUAGCCCUGCUGUUUUAAUCCGAAACAUCAAAGGAAGUGCCGACACUUAGAUGACGUGUACACAAUAUUCUAUUGAUCAAAAGUUAGAAAAAGAAACUGUCAUACUUUUUUUGUGACAAAAAUUAUUACGCAUUUUAAAUUAUUGUGCAAGAAGAUAUUUUUAUUGGAUAAAUAGUUUCAAUUAUUGACAUAAUAAAUCGUGAGUGCAUGUGUUUAUCUGUGUUACAUUCAUUUAAAGCUUUGGAAGGAUUGUGUACAUGUUAAACCAUUAAAGGCAUACGUUUGUAAAUGGUUAAAAACUGAUGAUGAUGAUGAUGAUAAAUCAGACUGGUUUAUUUAUACUUAAAUCAUAUUUAUUUUACAAAGAAGUGAAUAAUUUACUUGGAUAAAAACUGGAUCCUCCAUUCAGCAGCCACCUGUCUUAAGCAGCCAAAAUGACUGCAUCCCUUGGCUGGCUGCUUAAGACAGUUUCGACUGUAAAUUGAUUUGUAUACUGUCAUUUAAAGAAACUGAACGUUUGAAAAUGCUGUUAUUAUUAAUUUCAAAGUAUGUUAAUUACAUCAUUGAUAUUAAAUUAAAGUAAAUCGAUUUGUAUACUGUCAUUUAAAGAUACUGAAGAGUAUGUUUAUUACAUCAUUCAUAAUACAUUUUAAGGAAUCGAUUGUAUAGUAUUAUACCGAUAAUGACAGAAAUUGUAUAUAUAAAUGUGAGCCAUGCC